AUGGGCCGCCGAAGGGCCGCGCGCGGGCCGGGCGCGGAGGGAGGCCGCGCUCGGCGCCCUGCGGGCCGCUCCCUGGAGGCCUUCGCCGAGGAGGUGGGCGCCGCGCUGCGCGCGUCCGUGGAGCCAGAGGCCCCUGAGGACCAGGGCGGCCCGGGCCCGGCGCAGCUGCCCUGCACGCUGGCCAUGUGGGAGUUGGGCCACUGCGACCCCCGGCGCUGCACCGGCCGCAAGCUGGCCCGCCUGGGACUGGUGCGCUGCCUGCGCCUGGGCCACAGGUUCGGCGGCCUCGUGCUCAGCCCCGUGGGCUCCCAGUACGUGUCCCCCGCAGACAGACACUUGGUGGCACAGUCUGGGGUCGCUGUCAUCGACUGCUCCUGGGCCAGGCUGGAUGAGACUCCGUUCGGGAAGAUGCGUGGGAGCCACUUGCGGCUCCUGCCCCAUUUGGUGGCCGCCAAUCCUGUGAACUAUGGCCGGCCCUGCAGGCUGUCCUGCGUGGAGGCCUUUGCUGCCACCUUCUGCAUCCUGGGCUUCUCAGACCUUGCUGUCAUUUUGCUGCGGAAAUUCAAGUGGGGCAAGGGGUUCCUGGACCUGAACCGCCAGCUUCUGGACAAAUAUGCGGCCUGCAGCGGCCCAGAGGAGGUGCUGCAGGCAGAGCAGGAGUUCCUGGCCCAUGCCAAGGAGCACCCUGAAGAGGAAAUCGAUCCCUUUGAUGUGGACUCAGGACGAGAGUUUGCAAACCCCAACCGACUGGUGACUGACUCCCGGCUGCCCAGAAAUGGUGCUGACAGUGACACUGAAGAUGAGUCUGAGGAACUUGGGCCUGACCCUGACGAUGGGGGAGACAGCAGCAGCAGCCCAGAAGAGGAGGAGACUGCUGAGCAAGGGGCUGAAGCCCCCACAGAGAUUUGGAAAGGAAUCAAGAAACGGCAGAGAGACUGA